UAAUUCUAAGAAAGUGCCAUAUGGUCUUGAACUCGGUCAAAAACCCUGCAGUAUGAUGUGCGAUAAUGAGUAGGCCUACAUUCAGGAGCUUUCUGAAAGCGACCACGCUGAGAUUGCUCCGCGAGCGGCCGCUUCUGUGUGCAGCUGGCCUGGUGAUCGCGACGGGUUCGGCAGUCUACUUUUAUAACAGAUAUUACGGCGUCGGUGAGGAUGAACACGCCACCGUGGAGAACGUGGACCGUGUUGUCACGGUUGAAGAGGAUCAUGAUCCCACCCUGGACCAGGAGGACCCAGUUCUUGUUCAGUUUGUGGAUGGGGAGGUUGGGCAGCGUCCCUGUCUGGCUUUAGUCCCUUGGUCUGGACCUCUGUGGGUUCCCAGCUCUCUGACUUAUUACCUUACCCUUGCUGGGAGGAUGAUAGUGAGAGAGCUGGCAGUGUUAAACACACAGAUUUUCAUGAUGGAGCAGCCUAUUUCCAUCUGUUUCACUCCUGUAGGGAGGUUGGUGUGGGAGGAACUGUCUUCUCAAACUGAACAGGUAGCCAUUCAUAUGCAGUAUGUGGAUGAGGAGGUUCAGCAGCAGCCCGAUCUGACUUUAAUCUCUUGGUCUGGACCUCAGUGGGUUUCAAGUGCCCCUGUCAAACUGCAGCCAACGUAUUACCUUACCCAUGCUGGGAACACGCUGGUGAGAGAGCUGUCAGUAUUAAAUACACAGAUUUUCAUGAUGGGGCAGCCGAUUUCCAUCUGUUUCACUCCUGUAGGGAGGUUGGUGUGGGAGGAACUGACUUCUCAAACUGAACAGCCAAAUAGUGAAGACUCUGGUUUUCCCUUUGAGAAGAUGCAGCUGGUUGGGAACUGGGGUUCGUUUCAUUUCCAUACCUGGAUAAUCUGUUAUGGACGAGUGCAGCAAAACGAAGAGGACAUGCAUCACCUGUGCAUUGUGAGGGGAGUGGAGAAACAGCUGUGGUGGAGCAGAGUCAUUCAGGAAAAAAUCCUGGACCCAUGGGGUAAUGUCCAGGUGGUCCUCACCAACGAGGAGGUGACUGGUAUUAAGUACCUUGGUAGAAGGAUCCAUGGACUCAGGUCUUGCCUCGUCAAGAGGAGGUCAGAGUUCACCUAUUAUGAGGACGCCCAGCAGGUGGAUAUCUCCACCACAGUGGAGGGGUUCCAGGAGAGGGGGGAUGACAUGAUGACGUAUCAGUUCUCUACCUCUGACAUUAUCACCACCCCUCACGAGCCGUCCUCUGGCUCCUCUCAGCAGUUCCCCCAGGAUUCUCCACCUCCCCCUCCGCCACCCCCGUUCCCUUCCCCUCCACCUUACCACUUCACCCAGGACCAGACCCCUGACAGCACUCCUCAGGAGUUUGUGGAGGAGCAACAUAAUGUUGCAGAUGUGCCCCAGCUGUGGAGUUACUUUAGAAACCAAGGGACAAGCAACUUCUCUCUGAGGCUGGCCGGUAUCCGACGUGCUAUGGAGGCUCUGACAUCCUCAGACAGUACCUCCCUUAAUUACCUCACCCACGCUGGGAGGAUGGUGUUGAGUGGACUGUCUGAGCUCAACCAGCAGAUCAACCACAUCAAUUUCACAGAUGUAUUUUAUGAAUUCAUUCUACUGAGCCUUCUUGAAGGAAAAACAUCUCUUCCAACAUCUAGGCCUGGUACCUUCUUUUAUCUGCUCAUGGAAGUGAUGAUGAGGAUUCGCCCUCCUGGAGGAGCCUGGACAGAGUCUGCUGGGAACUUCUACCUCCUCAUUAAGGAUCAGAUGAAGGCGUGGUUGGACUCCAUCUUCAACCUCGAUGAGUCCAUCUAUGAAAGCCCACAGAGGCUCUCUUGGAAGGUGAUGGAGAAUCUAGAAAUGCCGGUUGACUUUCUCCUGUCCAGCCUGGAUUAAGGGUCCCAAACUGAGCUGAGGAUCCCAAACACAAAAUAAAGUAUUUUGCAUUUAAACAUUAUCUG